AUGUCCCUCACUCCCGAAAUCGCAACGCUCCCCGCAGCUCCAAGGCUAUUCGCGCCUCCCAAGUUCGCACGCAAGGCUUACGCUCGCCGUAGCGACGACCCUGCAAACUCAGACAACACCCCGCCGCCUUCCUCGUCUACGUCCCAGGUCGGGGAGGAAGUACCAAAGCCGACGUCGCCUCGGUCUGUCACGAGCACUCUCGAGCCCGUUGACUCACCACAGCCCCCGAGCGCUCCAACUGUGCCCACGAAGAGAAAACGCACCUUCAGGUGCCCGUACCUUGACUGUGGAGAGACGUUCACGCGCAGGAUGGAUCGCACCCGACACAUGCAGCACGCAUGCAGGUCCGAGUCCGCGGAAGCUCAGGCUGCGAGGCGGGAGCACCCUGCUCCGGUCUGGCACUGCCCUGUCUGUGGAAAGGUGCUCUCGCGGCGGGAUGCGACGGAGCGACACAUCAUGAAAGGAACGUGCACAAAGGGGCGGUGCGGCAUGUGUGGAGAUCGGAUGACGGAGCGGGCGAUUAAGGGGCAUCUAGAGGACAUGGGGAAGGGGAAUAUGAAGUGUUUCUCGGCGAAGCUUGCUACGAAGGCGGCGAGGAAGUCGAAGAAGCGCAAGUUGGAGGGGAUAGAGGACGAGGACGAAGAACUCGAGGUUGAGGUAGCGCUUGGCGAGGACGAUCUCGACGAUGAGCUUGAGAGCGACGCUGAGAAAGAAGAGUAAAAAAGGAAAAUGUCGGGCAGGAAGGUCAGCAUUUAAAUGCCGGGGAUGCGACCAUGGAAGGAUAGUAUAUUUAUGUGGCAACUUCGUAAUGUGCUGUCGUAUGUCCUCGUAUGUUACCCAGUGUCGUGUUUUUUUCCCAACUACUAUCUAACAGCGCC